UGCAACAAUGUCGGAUUAUACAGUCUGGUUAGAGCCGGGAGAUACUUGAGAUAAAGGCGUGAUCAACAACCGACUUGUGCGCAGGGAGUUGACAGUAGGCGCAGGGCUGCAUGGGAGUGAUCUGUUAGUAGCACGAUACAUGCAUAUUCCAUCUGCGACUGCACCGGCAGGGUGUGCUGGAAUCCGCCUUCAGUUACAACACGCCGUCAGGGCAGUGGAGUGGGGAGCGAGACUUGGACGUCACUGCUGCUGCCCCAAAACAGCGCACUGGCUCUGUAGUACAUUUGCACCAAGGCUACGGGGCAGCGCACUGGAUAGGCGAACGGUGUCUGUAGAGGACACAAGGCUCGAGGUUCUGGUGAACUUUUGUGUGCAGGGAUGGCGCGGACACCGGGAUGGUCUAUCUGUCUCUUGGUCCUCCUGCUGCUACCGAGAGAUUCGCUCCAAGGCCGGCACCAACGAAAGUUGUUGGACAAACUGCUGAAGAAUUACAACACCUUGGAGCGUCCCGUUCUAAACGACUCGGACCCUCUCACCGUCAAUCUGGGAGUUACUCUGCAGCAGAUCAUAGACGUGGAUGAGAAAAACCAGAUCCUGACAACGAACAUCUGGGUGAGAAUGAUAUGGACUGAUGAAUAUUUAUCAUGGAACGAGUCGGAAUUCGGCGGCUUGAAUCAGAUCCGGUUGGAUCCCAAGAGAAUCUGGGUUCCGGACAUCCUCAUGUACAACAGCGCGGACGAGCGGUUUGACGGGACGUACCCGACCAAAGUGGUUGUGAGUUCCAGCGGCAGCUGCCUCUACCUGCCGCCCGGCAUCUUCAAAAGUUCCUGUAAGAUCGACGUCACGUACUUUCCUUUCGACGAGCAGAGAUGUAACAUGAAAUUUGGUUCAUGGAGCCACAGCGGAUUUCAGGUUGAUCUGCAGAUGGUGAACCGCAGUGGAGGGGCCGACUUGACACCAUACAUGCCGAACGGCGAGUGGGACCUGCUAGGUAUGCCGGCGAAGCGGAGUGAGUUUAAGUACGACUGCUGCCCGGAGCCCUACCCGGACAUCACGUUCACGGUGAACAUCCGGCGGCGCACGCUGUUCUACGGCACCAACCUGCUGGUCCCCUGCGUGCUCAUCUCCACCCUCACGCUGCUGGUCUUCACCAUGCCGCCAGAGUCGGGGGAGAAACUCUCCUUGGGUAUCACCAUUCUGCUGUCUCUGACAGUGUUCCUGUUACUGGUAGCCGAGGCCAUGCCGCCAACCUCGGACGUGGUGCCGCUUAUAGGUAAAUACUUCGCCACGACGCUGUGCAUGGUGGCGGGGUCUGUGGUCCUGACGGUCCUGACGCUGAACUUCCAUCAUCGUUCACCGGAGACAAGCCGAAUGUCUCGCGCGACGAGGAAGGUGUUGCUGGAGUGGCUGCCCCGCCUACUGUGCAUGCCGUCCCGCCGAGAAGACAAGUCUGAAGGCGCCCGGGAUCGGGUCCGGGAGACUCUGAGAACUGAUAACAUCAGCAUGAACUCCUUUAAGACGAUGGACGAGCUGUCUUCUCACAACCUGUUGGCGUCUCUGGAGCGGCGCGAGGUGGGGCACGACUUCCCGCUGCAGGCAGGACAGCACGACUUUCCCCCGGGCCUGAGUAAUGACCUGUCCCCGCGGCUGCCCCGGAACUUCCCCACCGCCCUGACGGCCACCGGCUUCAACAUCCCCGUCAGCGCCACUGCCGACGAGACCGGCCUGCAGUACACCCGCGCCGCGGCUAGAACCUCCGCCGAGACCCAGCAGAUCCUGAAGGAGCUCCGCUACAUCGCCAACCACUUCCGCGACAAGAGCGAGGACGACAAGGCGGCGAACGAGUGGAGAUACGCCGCCAUGACGGUGGAUCGCCUGUGCCUGUUCAUCUUCGCCAUCUUCACCAUGGUGACUACCGGGACCAUCCUGUUGUCGGCCCCGCACAUACUGGAGCAGGUCCGAGACUUCUUCGUGGGGCUGGCGGGAAAGGGUGCCGGCUGAGGCGGUCGGACUCCGGGUGAGUCCCCGCACAGCUAGCUAUGACCAAUUGCUUUCGUGCCGUAACGAUGUUUGUUCGUGUCUGUCCUGGCCGUUUCUUGACGUGUGAUGACGUAACUCCGUGGAUUGAAAUACCAACACGCCAUCUACUGCUACACUGCCAAACAGCGCAUGUCUAAAAGGCAUUCCAGAUCUAGAUGAGAUCUGCGGUGGUUGCUGCCUCGUCCUUGCUAAAGUAUAUCGGACUGCCUAAACAAUGUAUAGGAAAUCGUCAGUGCCGGCCGGGCUACGAAAUAUACACAAGGGUACCUUAACAUGACUUGCAAGAUUUCAGUGAAGAGCGAAUGAAAGCCACGUCCAUGGACGAAGGUACAUGCUUUAUAGCAGGGUACGUUUGCAAGUUGCAUCAGGGAGUCCGUAAGGGCGCGGUGACAUAGGUCAUUCCUUUGGGCAUUUUGGAGGACACAAAUGUACGUCUCCAGCAAGUUCAACUGUCUUGGUACACAAAAUUCUGUUUUGUAUCCAUGUCGGUGGUUGGUUCUGUCACAGACUGUUUGAAAAUCCUAUGGCAUCAAAAUCGUACGACGAUCGCACGACCAAUGUGACCGCGCCCUAACGGAAUGAAUCUGCAUUUCUCCCAGUGUAGUAAAAAAAGUAUGUUCUAGUGUCUGUGUCGCUGUCUUCACGUGACUGUUACAAAUGUGUCCUUUCAGUCUCAAGUCAAAUUAGAUACACAGGAACAUGAUAGUGCCAAUAUGUGUGUGUUGUCAUCGGCCAACAGCUGAAGAUUUAGUAGAAAUGUUAGUGAUCAUUGUAUAAAUAGUAGACCUCUAGACUGUUCAUGACAAAAACUAUCGUGGAGAAUCGGUGCAGUCGUCCCAUUUACGGCAUGCAGAGACGAUAAAGUUCGUAACCAGCAAUUUCUACUGAGCGCCAUAUAUAUAUCCAUCUACUGAACAACAUAUCCGUGUACGGAACUCCAUGACUGUGUGCUGAAGUCCAUACCUGUGUACUGAACACCGGUCCGUGUACUGAACAUCGUAUUCGGAUGCUGAACAACAUAUCCAUCUACUGAACAACAUAUCAAUCUACUGAACAAAACAUCCGUGUACUGAACACCGUGCCUGUGUACUGAACGCCGUAUCCGUGUACUGAACACCGUAUUCGGAUACUGAACAACAUAUUCAUCUACCGUAUAUCGCCAUGUUUCAACCAUACCCAUGUGAUGAACGCCACAUUCGUGUGCUGAAUGCCAUAUCUGAACAGCACGUCCGUGUACUGAACAGUACAUCCGCGUACUGAACACCGUAUUCGGAUACUGAACAGCAUAUCCAUGUACUGAACAGCACAUCCAUGUACCAUGUCACGUCCGUGUAGUGACGACAGCCGCCGUCAACAUGCUUGCAAGUUUCGCGAGAGAGUCUGUCGCGAUAAAACUUGGUCAUCUCUACACUAGUUAGAAUAUCUUGGCUUUAUCCGAACGGAAUCCGCACAAUCUGCAGAUGUCUGUAUAUGACUAUAAGCAAGCUGUAUAUGCGGUAUUGCGUCUAUUUCAGAACAACGCGUACCUUUGCCGCACUGCCAAGGAAGACGUACUGUAAGAUAUUAGCUCAUAUAGUUCACAUCUGCUGUUGUAUAUGAAUUGUCCGUCAAGACAAGACGAACCGGCCAUAUGUGUAGUAUAUACUCGUACAUGCUCAAUGUAUCAUGUGAAUUUACCGUUCCCCUCAGCAGGUAUACAAUGAACGGUGGACCACGGCUUCGUCUUUUUGGCCAAGCAGUGUAACUCAGCCUAUACAUAUCCGAAUAUGUGUCCGUAAAUUAUUGUGCAAGACAGGACGUAACGUUUUUCUUACAAAAUCAACUUUUUAUUUCAGGAACUUGAACAUGGGUGAUAAAAUGUAUCAUUUAAAAAUACGCAAUAAAAUACAUACACAGCCUCUAA